GUAAUGUUAGGUUGAGCUUGAGGCGCGGGGGAGAAUUGGGGAAACUGGAAUUUCCCACGGAGCUGACGGCAUUUGCUCUCCCCCUACUCGUUGUAAUUCCACGCGCUCCAAAAUAUCCGCCAUGGAGAAAUCUUGGCCAGGAUGCCCACUGGUGCUCUUCUGCUGAAGGUUGGGUCAGGCAUCUAAAGGGGCUGUGGCACAGGUGUAAUCUGCUGCCAUCAUCAUCAUGAACUUCGAGGGUCUGGACCCUGGACUGGCAGAGUAUGCCCCUGCCAUGCAUUCUGCCCUGGACCCUGUCCUGGAUGCGCACCUGAACCCAAGUCUGCUACAGAAUGUGGAGCUGGACCCAGAGGGAGUGGCCUUGGAGGCUCUUCCUGUCCAGGAGUCAGUGCACAUAAUGGAAGGUGUCUACUCUGAAUUGCACAGUGUGGUGGCUGAAGUGGGUGUGCCUGUCUCCGUCUCCCACUUUGACUUGCACGAGGAGAUGCUGUGGGUGGGAAGCCAUGGGGGUCACGCCACUUCAUUUUUCGGUCCAGCGUUGGAGCGCUACUCAUCCUUUCAGGUCAAUGGCAGUGAUGACAUUCGGCAGAUUCAGAGCCUGGAGAAUGGUAUCCUUUUUCUCACCAAGAACAACCUCAAGUAUAUGGCCCGUGGGGGCCUCAUUAUAUUCGAUUACCUGCUGGAUGAGAGUGACGACAUGCACAGUCUCCUGCUGACUGACGGCAGCACACUGCUGGUUGGUGGGCUGCACAACCACAUAUUGGAGAUUGAUCUUAAUACCGUCCAGGAGACUCAGAAGUAUGCAGUUGAGACACCUGGAGUCACCAUCAUGAGACAGACAAACCGCUUCUUCUUCUGUGGCCAUACAUCUGGCAAGAUUUCCCUGCGAGACCUUCGUACUUUUAAGGUGGAGCAUGAGUUUGAUGCUUUCUCAGGGAGUCUGUCGGACUUUGAUGUGCAUGGCAACCUGCUGGCCGCCUGUGGCUUCUCAAGCCGUCUCACCGGCCUUGCCUGCGACCGUUUCCUCAAGGUGUAUGAUCUGCGCAUGAUGCGUGCCAUCACACCACUCCAAGUACAUGUGGAUCCUGCCUUCUUGCGUUUCAUCCCUACAUAUACUUCUCGUCUUGCUAUCAUCUCCCAGUCAGGGCAAUGCCAGUUUUGUGAGCCCACAGGCCUGGCCAACCCAGCAGACAUCUUUCAUGUGAAUCCUGUGGGGCCUCUGCUAAUGACGUUUGAUGUGUCAGCCAGCAAACAGGCCCUGGCCUUUGGGGAUUCUGAGGGCUGUGUGCACCUCUGGACUGAUUCCCCUGAGGCUUCCUUCAACCCCUACUCCCGGGAGACCGAGUUUGCUUUGCCCUGUCUCGUGGACUCACUGCCUCCUCUGGACUGGAGCCAGGACCUGCUGCCUCUUUCCCUCAUCCCUGUUCCACUCACCACUGAUACACUUCUCUCUGAUUGGCCUGCUGCCAACUCCGCUCCAGCUCCCAGGAGAGCACCCCCUGUGGAUGCAGAGAUUCUGCGCACCAUGAAGAAGGUGGGCUUCAUUGGCUAUGCACCCAACCCCCGCACCAGGCUGCGGAAUCAGAUUCCUUACCGACUCAAGGAGUCAGACAAUGAAUUUGACAGCUUCAGCCAGGUCACUGAAUCACCAAUAGGGCGAGAAGAGGAGCCACAUCUCCACAUGGUCUCUAAGAAAUACCGCAAGGUGACCAUCAAAUACUCCAAGCUGGGGCUGGAGGAUUUUGACUUCAAGCACUACAAUAAGACCCUGUUCGCUGGGUUAGAGCCCCACAUCCCCAACGCCUACUGUAACUGCAUGAUCCAGGUGCUCUAUUUCCUGGAGCCUGUUCGCUGCCUAAUCCAGAACCACCUUUGCCAGAAGGAGUUCUGCCUGGCAUGUGAGCUGGGCUUCCUAUUCCACAUGUUGGACCUCUCCCGAGGUGACCCUUGUCAGGGCAGUAAUUUUCUUCGGGCAUUCCGCACCAUUCCUGAAGCCUCAGCGCUUGGUCUAAUCCUGGCUGACUCGGAUGAGGCCUCAGGCAAGGGCAAUCUGGCCAGGCUCAUUCAGAGGUGGAAUCGCUUCAUUCUCACUCAACUGCAUCAGGAUAUGCAGGAGCUGGAAGUACCGCAGGCUUAUCGAGGUGCUGGAGGCAGCAGCUUUUGCUCAUCGGGGGACUCUGUCAUUGGGCAGCUGUUCAGCUGUGAGAUGGAGAACUGCAGCCUGUGCCGCUGUGGCAGUGAGACCGUGCGAGCCUCAUCCACCCUGCUCUUCACGCUCUCCUACCCUGAGGGUAGCAACAGUGAUAAAACUGGGAAGAACUGUGACUUUGCUCAGGUCCUAAAGCGAAGCAUCUGCCUGGAGCAGAAUACACAGGCCUGGUGUGACAACUGUGAAAAGUACCAGCCCACGAUUCAGACCCGCAACAUCUGCCAUCUGCCAGAUAUUCUUGUCAUCAAUUGUGAAGUGAACAGCUUGAAAGAAGCUGAUUUCUGGAGAAUGCAGGCUGAGGUUGCCUUCAAGAUGGCAAUGAAGAAACACAGUGGGGAGAUCUCUAAGAGCAAGGAGUUUGCUUUGGCUGAUUGGAAGGAACUAGGGAGUCCAGAGGGCAUGCUCAUGUGUCCUUCCAUUGAGGAGUUGAAGAAUGUCUGGCUUCCUUUCUCCAUUCGCAUGAAGAUGACCAAGAACAAAGGACUGGAUGUUUGCAAUUGGACUGAUGGGGAUGAGAUGCAGUGGGGCCCAGCCAGGGCAGAGGAGGAGCAUGGUGUCUAUGUGUAUGACCUGAUGGCUACUGUGGUACACAUCCUGGACUCACGCACAGGGGGCAGCCUGGUGGCUCACAUCAAAGUUGGAGAGACCUACCACCAACGCAAGGAGGGCGUUACCCACCAGCAGUGGUAUCUCUUCAAUGACUUUCUCAUUGAACCUAUCGAUAAGCAUGAAGCUGUGCAGUUUGAUAUGAAUUGGAAAGUGCCUGCCAUCCUUUAUUACAUCAAAAGGAAUCUUAAUUCCAAAUAUAAUCUGAACAUCAAGAACCCUAUUGAGGCAAGUGUCCUGCUGGCUGAAGCCUCACUGGCACGGAAGCAGCGGAAAACACAUACUACCUUUAUUCCGCUGAUGCUGAAUGAGAUGCCACAGGUUGGGGACCUGGUGGGCCUGGAUGCUGAGUUUGUCACCCUUAAUGAGGAGGAAGCAGAGUUGCGCAGUGAUGGCACCAAGUCUACCAUCAAACCAAGCCAGAUGUCAGUAGCGCGGAUUACCUGUGUUCGGGGCCAGGGACCGAAUGAGGGUAUUCCGUUCAUUGAUGACUACAUCUCCACCCAGGAGCAGGUGGUGGAUUACUUGACUCAAUACUCAGGGAUAAAGCCAGGAGACCUUGAUGCCAAGAUUUCCUCUAAGCACCUCACAACUCUCAAGUCUACCUACUUAAAGCUUCGUUUUCUCAUAGAUAUUGGAGUCAAGUUUGUGGGUCAUGGUUUGCAGAAGGACUUCCGGGUCAUCAACCUCAUGGUGCCCAAGGACCAAGUCCUUGACACUGUCUAUCUGUUUCACAUGCCCCGAAAACGAAUGAUUUCCCUGCGAUUCCUUGCUUGGUACUUUCUGGACCUGAAGAUUCAAGGGGAGACCCAUGACAGUAUUGAGGAUGCCCGCACAGCCCUUCAGCUAUACCGAAAGUAUCUGGAGCUAAGCAAAAAUGGCACUGAACCUGAGUCCUUCCACAAAGUGCUCAAGGGUCUUUACGAGAAGGGCCGAAAGAUGGACUGGAAGGUGCCUGAGCCUGAAGGCCAGACAAGUCCCAAGAAUGCAGCCGUUUUUUCCUCAGUGCUGGCACUCUGACCUCACCCUCUCCCAAAGAACUACUGCCUCUCCCUUCAGUGUUCUGUGGUCCCAGAACUGGGAGAUGGCUUCCCAAGUUGGCCAUACCCUGUCCACUUCCAGAAUUGGACCUGCUCAGGGUUUAUAGAUGGUGCUAUUAAUAGAACUGGAAUGCAGCAGAAUUGUUGCAAAGGGUCUAGGAGCCAGAUUAUUUUUUCAUCCUUUGUAAAACAGUGGGCCAGAAAAAGUCUAGAAUUGACCCAGAUGGAAAAUUGAUUGGUAUUCUUAAUAAAUAUCCUGAGUGAUUAAUAUCCAGGCAAAGAAGAUCCUGGAACCAAAACUCCCCGUUCCUAGUUGGCUAAGGACUGAAGUACUGGACUGUGACUAGAUACAGCAGCAGCUCAAGACUUAGCUCGUCUCUGAUUGCUUGAGGAAUGCCAGAGGAGCUAGUGUGUAUUCUUGGUGGCCCUAGCAAACCAGUAUUGCCAACACCAUCAUUGCCAAAAGGGCCAUUGGGUCCUAGACAAAGCUUGGCUGCUGGCUUCACUCCUGCUGACAGCUGAGAAGCAUCUGUCUUCCAUCCACUCCACUCUCCUGUCCCAAGUUUUGUUUUCUUGUUAUUUUUUAAAAUUUUGUUUUAAACUGCAUGUUUUAUAAAAUAAAACAAAAAUAAUAUUGGCUGUCAUCUAUCUUAUUAGAGACCUGCGAGUGUGGGGUUCUCAGACUUCAGUCCUCCUCUCCUUUUUGUUGGUUUUCUAUCACAACUGGGAAAAACCUAAGGGUUUUUAAAUUCCCACCCAGAAACGAAGGUAAAGCUUUGUGGAGUCCAAAGUUAAGGAUAUUGGGGAAGUAUAAUUAUGUCUUUCCUGGGCAAUGUUAGGUCUUUGCUGUGCCUGCUAGUAUCCUCAGGCAGUUUUUUUUUUUCUCCCUUCCCUCACCAACUCUUGAGUCAAGCCCUUGGUGGAGGACGUAGCUCACUGGCCCAUGUAGGAAUCCAACUGGCAAACGGGGGUGUUAGGAAUACAGCGCUCCAACCACCUGAGCCACCCGGCCGCCCCCAAGUCAGAUUCUUUUUAAGAUGUAAGAUGUACAGUAUGGUUUCCCCGUUA